AUGGAUCACCAGUUGUUGUGCUGUGAGGGGGACAGGCCUGCCAUCCGGAGGGCCUACCGGGACUCCAACCUGUUGAAUGAGCGGGUCCUGCACGCUCUGUUGCGGGCAGAAGACAAGUACCUCCCUUCUCCCAACUACUUCAAAUGCGUCCAGAGAGAAGUAGCUCCGUACAUGAGGAGGAUACUGGCUACCUGGAUGUUGGAGGUGUGUGAGGAGCAGAAAUGUGAGGAGGAGGUGUUCCCUCUGGCUAUGAACUACAUGGACCGCUUCCUGUCGGUGGAACCCACCAAGAAGACCCACCUGCAGGUCCUGGGAGCCGCCUGCAUGUUCCUGGCUUCCAAACUGAAGGAAACGAUCCCGCUCACUGCUGAGAAGCUCUGCAUCUACACAGACAACUCCAUCACCCCAACUCAGCUGCUGCAAAUGGAGCUGGUGGUUCUGAACAAGCUGAAGUGGGACCUGGCUUCAGUUACCGCUCUGGACUUCAUAGAGCACUUCCUGUCCCAGCUGCCGGUUGUGAGAGAGCACCGGCCCAUCCUCAGGAAGCACGCUCAGACCUUUGUGGCUCUGUGUGCCACAGAUGUUAAAUUCAUCGCCAGCCCUCCGUCCAUGGUGGCAGCAGGCAGCAUGGUGGCAGCGGUGGGGGGCCUGCAGAUGAGAAUGGUGGGCACAUCCAUGAUGUCUAAGACACUGACGGAGCAGCUGGCACAGAUCAUCAGGAGUGACCCGGACUGUCUGAGGGCAUGUCAGGAACAAAUUGAGUCGCUGCUAGAAACAAGUCUCCGACAGGCACAACAACCGCAACACUCGGUUACCAUGGAGACUAAGAGCAUCAGUGAGGAGCAGGACGUCUCGACGACUCCCACAGAUGUCCGGGACAUAAACAUCUGACGGAGAGCUGCCAGUCGCGCUGCUGGAGGAGGAAAGCGAAGCACGUGGAACUGACGACGUGGGCGCUCAUCUUUGACCAAUACAGUGGCACACGUGUGGUGUGUACUCUGGAGCGCUCACCAGAAUCUGAACUCAACAACGUGUCAGGACUGUUCAUAUGAAAUCCAGUCUGAACUGUGGC